ACUGAGGUUUCGCAAGUUAAAUGUAUGAGUGCCGAUUAAGGACCCGAGCGGGACUGAAACAAGUUUAGGAAUCUUCAAAAACAUGGCGGCGUCCACGGUCGUGUCUGAUGUGAUGGGAAAAGUCACUUUUCUGCAUAAGUUUCCCACGAUAAUAAAGGCAACAUCAGAUGACGACACACCUACGCCUGGCUACCUUUAUCAAGAAAUAGCAGAUCUUACCUAUGUCUCCAGCAGUUACUGCAAGUCGUUACUGGACGUUCUUGUGGACAGACUGGACAAGUCAUCUCACCACAUUAAGUUCAAGGUGUUACGAGUGAUGAAAUUUGUUGUGGAGAAUGGCAGUGAGGAGUUUCACCAUAGUCUGUUGAGGCGGUCCACGGGAAUUCAACUUGCUACUAAAUUUAGCGGACCACCAGACCCCCUGCAUGGCAAUGCUCCAUACGUUGCAGUCAGAACCGCAGCAAAGGAGCUCUCUGAAGUAUUAUUUGACACGGAGAGAUCCAAGAACAAAGAGCCGAGCCACAACAAAGAGGCGACAGUGGGCAGAGGACUGGGGACAAGUCGAAGCGGAGGCAGCAUGGAAGGAUUUGGCAACACCGGGGUACCCGUACAUAAACAGAAAUCUUUGGGGGACACCAUUAAAGAGGGUUUCCGCCAGCUCACGGACUCCUUCCGGGAAUCGCCGGCAACGUCGACGCAAAGCGGUCCGCAGAGUGACUACCGCCCUCUAGGAGACUUAGAGUCCGACCGCGGUUCAUCGUCUUCGUUCUCGUUCCUGUCCAGAAGGCAAAGGACCUCCUCGGGGGCGGAGUCUGCGGCUAGACAGGGGGAGUACAAACCCGUGGUUGUUGAUGAUCGUGAAGGGGAAUCGCCGAGGGUCCAAAGCUGCCAGCCCAGCAAUCGAGAUGUCAGGAGGGUCACUUCCGCGCACAAGCAAGGCAAGCCAGGAGGGGGCUGGGAAGACAGUUCCGGAGGGCGUGGCAGCAAUGCAUCCAACAGCGAUGGACAGCACAGUGGUGGCAGCACCGAUCUCUCAGAGAGAUUGGAAUCAGUGUCCGUGGAGGAUGUCUCCAUGGAAACCAAGUUGGUGGAGGACUUUGCGACCGCCUCCGAUUGCAAACCGACUCCGUCAAGGGACGCACUGGCUCAGUUUGUCAAACGUUGUUCAACUCUUAAUUGUGAGAAGGUGACAGAAUUAUUAGGUUUGGAGCUACAGUCUUCUUCGGUUCCUGUUCAGAUGAGAUGCUUGUGUGCCCUGGAAGCCAUGAUGCGAGAAGACAUAGCCUCACCUGAGCAUCUGCUUGGUUUCAUCCCAAAUGCUCUGAAGAAAUUGCAGGUUGAAACCACAGACAGGUUGCUACAGGCCAAAGCAUCGAAGAUUUUAAGGCAGUUGGAGAGAACACAUGAAGAGGCCACCGCAUCCAAGAUUUCCAAGGCUGCAGAUGACUCAACAAGCAAUAAGAAUAAAGAUCCCAUUUUCGGUAUACUACAAACGGACAACUCAAAUAACCCACAGACGACAGGAACGAAAGGUCCACAAAGUUCCAUUUCAAAUACCAAGGAUUCUGGACAUGUGCCAUCUCACAAAGAUGAUGUGUUGCUGUUUAAUUCAGUGGAUACCACCCCCAGUGUUUCCAAAAGUUCAGGGUCACUGUUUGCUGGCAUGGAGGUGGGGUCAGCGCCAAAACUGGAAGAGCCUGAAUCGCAACCCAUCUAUCAACUGGACAGGAUAUCAAAACAUGAAACACAUGAAGUUAGAAAUAACAAGAGUGGGGUCAUAGGCAAAGGAGAUGCCCAACUUUUUGAUGGCUUGCUAGACUUGUCGUCCACAGACCAGCCCACCCUGGCUCCUGACUUGGAUGCCAACACACAGAGGUACUUCAACAAGAACUCUUCUUCUCUUUCUAAGGAGAGCUCCGAUUCUCUCCUUCAAUUUGAUGAUACCGAGACUCAAAAGCUGAAAAGUCCCAAUACGGAAGAAGCAGAUCAUUCCAGUAACGGUAGAGCUUUGAUAACAGAAAGCAGACAUGUCACGAUUGAAACAAGGGUGUUGAGUCCUAAGCUUGAAGGCACACAGUCGUCGACAAAGCCGAGCAAACCAGACGCCAUCAUGUCGCGUAGUGCCAACUUCCAGGAUCUCAUUGCCACAACAGGAAUUGCCGUGAACGGAGGAAACGCCAAGAAAGCCGGGCCCGGUCCUGUUGGGAAAUCGUCCGCCAAUGAGCCCACCCAAACCAGCAUUGUGCAAACACAGACGGCCGCUCCGAAUCUGAACCGGGACCAGAUUUCCACCUUGUACCCCCAGCUGGCCGGGGUGGCACUCAGCGGCUCGUCGGCCGUGCCUCUGAAACUCAGCCAGAGGCCGCCGGAGGGAAACUUUGCUUUCGUUUCUCCGAGGGAGGAAGGGAAGGAGAACUCUCACAGACCCGGCAGCUUUGAUUUUGUCAAGGAUGCUAUGUUGGCCAGCAAGAAGUGAUGUGGUAUUAGUGUACACGUCAGUCUUGCCAAUUAAUUUCAGGCUUUCAAGUAUUUCUUCUUUUCCUACUUUUUCCUAGUUUUUUUUCACCUUGCUCAUUC